AUGGUAUUCCGGGAUUUGAAUCCCGUGCUGCACUACUCGUCGCUGCUGCGCCUCGCGCUGCCCUCCAUUCUCCUCCAGAGCGGCGCGCCGCUCGCCAUCACCUUCCAGACCGCGCUCCUCGGUCGCAAGUCCACGGAGAUCGUCGCCGCAUGGGCCAUCGUCGCAACCGCUACGAAUGCGGCUACAGUCGUCUUCAACUUCCUCGUCGUCGGCGUCACUGCCAAGGUCACUAAGGUGGUGGCGGUGGGGGCAUGGGCGCAGGUGGGCGCGCGCAUCCGCCUGGCCUUGGGGAUGGCGCUGGUGAUGGGCAUGGUGGCGGUGGGGUUGCUGCUGGCGCUGCAGCAGCCGCUCUGGCUGUUGCUGGCGGAUACUCCCAAGGUGCUGCCCUACGCGCGCAGCUACUUCUAUCUCAGAGUCAUUGGCGUGCCGCCCCAGCUGCUCGUCAUGUGCACCUCGGGGAUACUGCAGGGCUACAAGCGGGUGAACCUAGUGGCAUGUCUGCAGGGCGGUAGAGUCUUGCUAGACGUCUUCGCCUCCUACGUGGCCCUUUACGUUCUCGACUGGGGCCUUGUCGGUGUUGGUCUCGGCACCAUCCUCGCCUCCUCUACCAUCGCCGCCGCCGCUUUUGUCUGCAUCCUGCUGCUGCCGCCCGCCGAGGGGCGGCACAAGAUCCAUAUCUUCACGCCGCUGCUGAGCUCCCUGUCUGGCCGGGCGGCAGGGGGGAAACGCGGUGGGGGGUGCUGGAGUCCCCGGGGGAAUGGGAUUGCUGGUGGUGGUGUUUUUGCUAUUGGUGGUGGUGAUGGGGAGGGAGAGGAGGCGUUGCACGUGCCGCUGCUGGAUGAGCAUGUGGGGGAGGGGGGGCAGCAGCAAAGUUGGCAGCAGAAUGGGGGAAGGGCGGUAGGAGGGAUGGUAGGAGGAGGGGAGGAGUUGACGGAGGAGGAGGAGAGGGUGAACGAGGUGUUGAAUGAGAGCACGUGGAAGUUCAUCUGGGAUGGGCUCAGCACCAUGCUGCGAUCCGCGCUCGUGCAGGCAUCGUUUUUCCUGGUCCUGGCCUGCGCAACCUCUCUUGGAAUGCAUGCGGUGGCAGCCCACCAGGUGCUCAUGCAGCUGUGGAUGAUCAACAUCUACAUCGCAGACGGCUUCGCCACCGCCGGCACCAUCGUCGCCAGCAGCGUCGCGGGGCACUUAGCUAAGAGCCGCACGCCCGCAGAGCACGCGAUCCACUUAAGGGACCUGAGAGAGGCGUGCUGGAGGGUGCUGAAUAUGGGCGCGGUGGCGGGCGUGGCGAUAGCUCUGGUGUACCUGGGGUGGCGCGAGCAGCUGAUGGCGCUCUUCACGUUCGAUGAGGGGACGAAGAAGGAAUUGAGAGGCGCGUGGCUGUACCUGGCUCUCAUCCAGCCGCUCAAUUCCAUUGUGUUUGUGUACGACGGGUUGAUCUACGCAGCGCAGGCUUUCUCCUACAUGGCAGCCUUCCUAACCAUCGGCUUCUUCGCCCUCUUCCUGCCCUGCAUCGCAUUAGCGCAUUUUUAUUUCAAGACGCUGGUGGCGGCAUGGGGUGCCAAGGGAGUGUUGAAUGCGGUGCGCUUCUUUGUGGCGGGCUACAAGAUCCACUUCGACUUCCUCUGCCCAAAAACGAAGUUCCCCCCCUCAAACCGCUUCACCGCUCCCAACUCCUCCGCUUCCCCCGCUGCUGCUCCUAGAACCGCUCUGAACCACUCAGCACCUGCUGCUUUCUCUUCCUGGGGUAUGUUGCUCCUCCGCAUGUACCUGCCGGCCAGGUCCACAGGUUUCUUAGACAACACCACCAACGUGGCCGUCGAACAAGCCGUUCCCGCAUACCUCGACUCAGGCACGGACAUCUGCCUCUCCUGCUACGUCUACCUCACCUUCUCCUUCCUCGAUGUCGACACGGCCAGCCAGAUCGGCAGCGAGUGCACUGAAACGGAUAAUGGGAAGCUGCGCGGUUACAUCUGCUCCACGGACGAGGGGGAUGACGUCACGGUGGCGCAGGCGUUUGGGAGUCCGCCGGUGGUGAAUGGCGGCGGGACGUCGGUGGGGUUUCUCUACACGGAGAUGUUUGUGCGCCAGCCCGCUGGCUCCACCAUGCGCCUCCCCUCCAUCCGCGUGGAUCCCCUGGCUAUGAAGGGAAUCGGGUACAUCAUGGUGCCUUCCAAGGGACCCACUCCUCUCCCUGGGACUUUUGACUCCAUGCCCUUCAUUGCAGGCAACGGCAGCAAGGCAUCUCUCGCAACUACCCCGUUUAGCAGCAACACACAGCAAACAGCCACGCCCACAGCUUUCCCUGCGCUCUCCAUGAGUGCUCCUGCCAACCAGUCGCUCACUCUCAAUGCCUCCAUCGUGCCGCCAGCUGCUACCCCUGCUGCUGCCACCCCAUACAACAUCACGUUCUCCAUCAGCAAGAAUGCGAUUUCGAGACCAAAGGCAUCCUGGAUGAUGGUGACGUUUGCACUGCUCGUCCUGCUGCCUGUCCUGUAG